AUGAACUGGUAUACUUUAUCAAGUUCACAACCCACUUACAUGAUUGCUCUUGCCCAGACUCUGCUAGAUUUUUUUGACCUGCCAGUGACAGUAAGACAAAAUGUCGUACUGGAUUCAGCUGCGUUGUUUGGUCUUAGUGAAAACAAUGGCAAUAUUAUUUCAGAAGAUAAUAUUGCCUUGUUGGAAAACCAAAUGAGCGAAGAUGAGCAGAAAGCAAAUCUUCUGCUUAUGAAUAAAAGUUUGGAGAGAAUUUGGAAGCAGGUGUAUACCUCUUCCAAAACCUUUGAGCAAAAAGAAGUCUUGUUGGACCUUAUGAAGAAGGUAAACUCUGUUGUUAACUCAACUAAUGGGUUGCGAAAGCAGACCUAA